GUUUAUUUUAUUACACAGCGUUACGUAUCGUCUCUCUCACUCCAUAUGUUUCGUAGUUUCCAGAGUUGACCUAUCCAGUGAGAGUGUCAAAACGGCAUGGUGUCUAUCAAUGGUGUAGAAGAACGCUGUGAAGUGUAAAGGUUAAUCUUUGAAACGGCAGACCAUCUGUUUGUCAUUUCGUCUCUUUCUUUAAGAACCAAAAGAAAAAGGAGAGACCUUUAUCGAUUUUGUGAGGGUAAGAUCCAGAGAUUGCAUCAGCUUAAACAAUUUUAUUAUAAAAUCCAGUUUGUUCCUUGGAGCUUUGAGAGAUAAGGACAGUCUCAUGAGACAUGACUUCUUCAGUGCAUGAGCUCUCUGAUAACAAUGAAAGUCAUAAGAAGCAAGAACGUCCAGAUUCCCAAACUCCACCACCGGUUCCUUCAGGACCAUGUUCUGAAUCUAUAGAUACAAGCUCCGUCUACUCAGAACCGAUGGCGCAUGGGCUCUACCCGUAUCCAGAUCCUUACUACAGAAGCGUCUUUGCACAUCAAGCCUAUCUUCCACAUCCAUAUCCUGGGGUCCAAAUGCAGUUAAUGGGAAUGCAUCAACAAGUGGUUCCAUUACAGUGUGAUGCAGUCGAGGAGCCUGUGUUUGUUAACGCAAAGCAAUACCACGGUAUACUCAGGCGUAGGCAAUCCAGGGCAAAACUUGAGGCUCGGAACAGAGCCAUCAAGUCAAAGAAGCCAUAUAUGCAUGAGUCUCGGCAUUUGCAUGCGAUAAACCGACCUAGAGGAUGUGGAGGCCGGUUUCUCAAUGCCAAGAAGAAGAAUGGAGAGCGUAAGGAAGAGGAGGCAACCUCUGAUGAGAACACUUCAGAAGCAAGUUCUAGCAUCAGGUCUGAGAAAGCAGCCAUGGGUCCUAAUGUCAGUAGAUCUUGAGUAAAGUUCAUGCACAACAACAAGUUUAGUUUUAUAUUUUGGGUGGAUGUUUGUAUCAGUGGAAUAUUGUUUUUAUUGUUUUGGACACUAUGUAGACUGUGUAUAGGUUUAUUAUUGCUUGGAGCAGAUAGGGUGGUGGUUUUGUUUUAGUGUUUAGAAAUAAAACUGAGAAAGGAAAUUAAUAGUGUGAUUGAAUGUA